CCUGGCAGGUUCUGGAUGUCACCAGUGACUGUGGCCAUUUUGGACACUCGGCUGUAGUAGCAGUUAAGAGGACAGAGAGACAAGCCAGGGGAAGAAGAUUUACGGAAACUUGCUAUCGGGAGCGUGGGAUUCUGGUAUUUAUAAAUCCUGAAGAGGAAGCAUAACUGGGAACCACAUCUUCCUUCCACGGGGUACCAUGUCCAUGUACCACAGAUCAGGGAGCCUGUAACUGGGGCUACGAGGCAGCAAUAUUAACAGAUCUGGUGUCUCUCGUGGAUGCUGAGAUUUGAGACGAAGUUUUCCCAUGGCUUCUUUUCGAAUCCGCCAAUUCCAGGAGAGGGACCACAAACAGGUCGUGGACUUGUUCUCCAGGGGCAUAGAGGAACACGCCCCCACUGCCUUCCGCCACUUGCUGACACUGCACCGAACCCUCGUGCUCUUAGUUGGGGUGCCCCUUGCCAUAGUCCUGGUGUCUGGCUCCUGGCUCCUGGCUGUUAUAUGCAUCUUCUUUCUGUUCCUAUUCUUGUGGUUCCUUGCCAGCAAGCCCUGGAAGAAUUAUGUGUCCAAAUGUUUACACACAGACAUGGCUGACAUCACCAAGUCCUACCUCAGUGUUCGUGGCUCAGGUUUCUGGGUGGCAGAGUCUGGAGGACAGGUGGUGGGCACAGUGGGUGCUCGGCCAGUCAAGGAUCCUCCGUUAGGGAGGAAGCAGCUGCAGCUCUUUCGUCUGUCUGUGUCCUCACAGCAUCGAGGACAGGGGAUAGCGAAAGCGCUGGUCAGAACUGUCCUCCAGUUUGCUCGGGACCAGGACUAUGGUGAUGUUGUCCUUGAGACUGGUCUUUUGCAACGAGGUGCUGUGACUCUCUACUACAGCAUGGGCUUCCAGAAGACAGGUGAAUCCUUCAUGGACACACUCACAUGGCUUGUGGAUUCUUCUCUAAUUCACUUCAUAUACCCACUCCCUUCUGCUCAAAAACAUGAGUUGUGAUCUUUUUCUGUGUGUCUGUCAGCCUCUGGUUCACUAUGCUGUGGGAACAAAUAACCCAGAGAUUAUAGUGGACAAAUCACAAAAGUGUCUUUGUUGUUUUCAUUGUAUUCCUGCCUGUUAGAUGGUCAGUGAAGAACGAGGGCAAAUGAAGUGCUCUGACGCCGUUCAUACAACUUCUGACAGAGGGCCAGCACUGGCCACUGGUGCCGUGGGAUAGUUUUCAUGGCCUGACUAACAUAUGUAGUCCCUGCUGGCACCAGCUUG